AUGAAAACGUCGCCGACAACCGCACUUGGCCUGGUUAUAUUCCUGCCACUGGCGUUGAUGCAACAGGACACUCGAACGGCCAACUGGGCGGCUCAAAUCGAUCUGGAGCUGCAGGAGCAGCCGGACAAGUUGGCCUUCUGCAGGAUACUCCAGCAGAACCAGAACCUGCGGACUUCACUCCGAAACAGCGAGUGCGCCUCCGUUCUGAACAACCAACUCGGCAUGACAGGUGAAUUGCUACUCGAGACUCUGCCGCGUUGCUGGUCCGGAUGGGAACUCUUUGGCAGGAGAUGCCGCAAGUUGGCCUGAAUCCGGAGUCCUUAAGUCUCACCUUCACUCUAAUCAUAAGCAAAUUCACAACACUUUAAGCAAACGAAAAUAAAGAAACACAAUGGCGAAUGGCAAA